AGGGAGGCCACUGACAUUUAUUAUCAUUAUUGAUUAUAUUUUUAAUUUAUUAAAUUGUUGUUGAGUCUAAAGAUAUUUGUGGAAAAUAUUCAAAUAUCUUGUUUCUUCAGACCAACAGCCUGUAAUAACAAUGUAGAGCUGCCACUAAUGACCAAUUAUCUAGCCAUUCAACCCUUCUUAUAUGGAAUGUAUAAUGUAGCAGGCAACUUCAUGGCUUUAUGAGUGUACUUAGCUGCUACAAGGAGAACAGAUAGAAAAAAACAUGCCUACGUUUACUGCAUUUACUACGUCAAUAAUGCCAACUAGUUGCAGCAGCCCUAAAACAUUUCUGUUAUUUAAUAUAUAGUGAUUUCAAACUUGUGAAACUAGAGGGUCCCUUGGAGAGUGCAAGGCUUUUUCUAUAAUUAAAAAAUAAAUCCAUGUACUAACCCCGUGAUAUGGAUCCGCUCCAAAAUGUGGCGACCCAUGCUUCACACUUGUACCAAGUUUUAUAAAACAAAUGAAGCAAUUUACAAACCAAACACUAAACAUAAACUCCUUGACGGAUCCAAACGGACAGCUAAUUAGAAGAAUAACUUUUGGAUUUAAAUUGUAAACACUGAAAAAAAGUAUCUUGCCAAACAACAUGAUAACAUCAUUGACUUCAGUUCAUACAGUGACAGCCUCUCAACAACCGUAAGGCUGUUUCUUAUCAGCGGACCUUGUUUGCCUCAGUGUCUGCCUCCUGUUGGUAGAUUAAUGUCAAGAGCAUGUUAUAAUAAGCAACCAUGCAGGAGCCUUGAUAGUUGGAAUAUAAACUACCCUCUAACAAACCCUCUGAACUUAAACACAUCACACAUGCAGACAUGGUCUGUCCCGCAGAAGUCUGACCCUUUUAGAUUUCCUCUCACAUGAGUAACUUGUCGAGAUGUUGGCUGCUUGUGUUUUGGGCAGAUGGAUGUCUGCAGGUAAAACUUAGAUUUUGUAGGGUUAGGUACAGUGUGAGGUGGUUUAGAUCAGACAAGGACAAAUAUUUCAUCUAAAUUUAACUGAAAGGAAAGUAUACUUGAUGUACUAUUUUAAAUGAGCUGUUAGGCAUGUGUGUGUGUGCUGCUUCAUUGCUAUCUGUUAGCCAGCCAUCUAGUAUACAACUCUUUGCUAGUCAUGUCUAGCUAAUUACAGCACAAAUAAAUAUUUAAACAAGGAGCUGAGCCAGUUUUGAAGCUAGUAUUUCAUAUUGUUGUUGUGUUCAAUUCAUUAAUUAUAACCUUACUUUUAUUCGUCUGCAGUAUCUGGGGAAAACAAUGUAUAUGGAAGUAAGCGGGGGUGUACGUUGCCUCUCUCUGUAGUUUCCUUUCCAUUACCAUGAGUUGGAGUUUCCUGACUCGCCUGCUGGAAGAAAUCCACAACCAUUCAACAUUCGUGGGCAAGAUCUGGCUCACAGUCCUGAUAGUUUUCCGCAUCGUGCUGACGGCCGUGGGUGGGGAGUCCAUCUACUACGAUGAGCAGAGCAAGUUUGUCUGCAACUCGGGCCAGCCGGGCUGCGAGAACGUCUGCUACGACGCCUUCGCUCCACUCUCACACGUCCGCUUCUGGGUGUUCCAAAUCAUCCUGGUGGCCACGCCUUCCCUCAUGUACCUGGGCUACGCUGUCAACAAAAUUGCCCGGGCAGAGGAGCAGUGCGAAAAUGGGGGAGUGAGUGGAUUGUCGCGGAGGAAGACCAAGAAGCCCUACCUUGCAGGCAGAAAGCAGCACAGGGGCAUCGAAGAGGCCGAGGAUGACCAAGAGGAAGACCCGAUGAUCUACGAAAUGGCCGAGGUUGAGAGUGACGGUGAUGGAGCAGCGAAAGGAGGCAGUGGUGAUAAAAAUGCAAAGGUCAAGGUGCGCCAUGAUGGCCGCCAGCGUAUCAAAGAGGAUGGACUGAUGCGUAUUUAUGUCCUUCAGCUCUUGACGCGCUGCGUGCUGGAGGUGUUGUUCCUGUGUGGACAGUAUGCCCUGUAUGGAUUUGCUGUUCCCGCCUCCUACGUGUGCUCUGACGAUCCCUGCCCUCACAAAGUGGACUGCUUUGUAUCCCGUCCCACUGAGAAAACUAUCUUCCUCCUCAUCAUGUACACAGUCUCCCUGCUCUGCCUGGCACUCAAUGUCUGGGAGAUGCUUCACCUGGGCGUCGGUACCAUCUGUGACAUCGUGCGCUCUCACCGGGUGCGCCUCCCAGAGGAAGAGCUGUACGGGCUUACGCGUGAACAAGGAGCUCUUAAUGAGGCACGAUUGAGUGGAGACGAUUACAGCAGCUACCCUUUUUCUUGGAACGCACCAUCAGCUCCGCCUGGGUACAACAUCGCCAUCAAGCCUCUCCUGGUAGCUACAGGGCAGCCACUUCCCAUUACUGAUCUCAAUAAUGCUAAGAUGACAUGCAGGCAAAACCACGUGAACAUUGCCCAAGAGGAGCGCCAGCAGUACACCAAUAAUGAAGAGAACCUGUGCAGAGGAGGGAUGGGAGAUGCUUCCAGAGUUCUUAAGGACAUCCAUCAGCCUCAGAACCAGCUGGAGGCCUACAGCCAGCCACAGAGCCACACUAACAACCACAGCAAGCCUCACCGUGAGCGGAAACACAGACAGGCCUCCAAACACACCGCAAGCAAGUCAAACGGGGCCGGAGGCAGCAGCACCAGCAGUAGCAGCAAAUAUGGAGUCAUAAAGGGCUCUGAGUGGAUCUGAAAUUCACACUACAGAUUUGUGUUUUCGUUAUUCUUAAAAAUGCAAAUCCUGAUGCAGGAAGAUGUUGGUGCUUUCUUUAAUUCCCUGUGAAAAUGCAGAGGCUGCCAUGCUGUAACCUAAGGUGCCUUAGUUAAACACAAAAUGUCCUCAUCACUAUGGACUGAAAACAGUCCUACUGUCUAUGUGAGUCUUUUUUUAUUACCAUCCAGGUUACACUUUAAAAAGUAUUUUUUUUUUCUGAGUAUGCAAUAUUAUAUGCACGUUUUGAUUAAUUGUUUUCCGAGCCAUGAAGAUAAACAAGAGAGUAUGUUUUCAUUUAAUCAUUUUACAGUAUUUCCAUGUAUUCUUUGAAGAGCCAAAUUAAGUUCAGUAACGUUUUAAAAGGUUUUGAAAUGUAUCAUUCAAUGGAAAUGUUGGGCAAAGUUUAAUGAUCUAACUGUUCAAACUGUUGUCAUUGUCUUAGUGCCAAGCUGUUUUUUGGUUUGUUUCAGGUUUAUGCUUUAAAGGUUUUCUGCAUCAUUAGUGUUUAAUUAACAUAACAAACCAUAACCAGUGUAUCUGGCUUGUUGUUCUUUUUCUCCGGCCUGGUAUAAUGAAUUCGCUGUCAUUAAUAAUUACCUUAAUUUGCAGAUUUUCAAAUUGAAAUGUCAUUAAGGAUAGUCCUUUGCACUGUGCCAGUGUUUUGUGAAAAUAUAUUUUUAUGGUAAAAAAGUGCAUGGUUUGAAUAAAGAAUAGUUUUUUUUCA